UAUGUGGGUGCCCCGGUGGCUUACAUCCAGCAGAUAUUUGUGAAGUCCUCAGUGUCUCCCUGGCAUAAGAACCUCCUGGCCGUAGAUGUGUUCCGCUCGCCUCUGUCCCGGGCAUUCCAGCUGGUGGAGGAGAUCCGGAACCAUGUGCUGAGAGACAGCUCUGGGACCAGGAGCCUGGAGGAGGUAUGCCUGCAGGUGACCGACCUGCUACCAGGCCUCAAGAAACUCCGGAACCUACUCCCCGAGCAUGGCUGCCUGCUGCUGUCCCCUGGAAACUUCUGGCAAAAUGACCGGGAACGCUUCCAUGCAGACCCUGACAUCAUUGGGACCAUCCACCAGCAUGAGCCCAAAACUCUGCAGACUUCAGCCACACUCAAAGACUUGCUGUUUGGUGUUCCUGGGAAGUACAGUGGGGUGAGCCUCUACACGAGGAAGAGGAUGGUCUCAUACACCAUCACCCUGGUCUUCCAGCGCUACCAUGCCAAGUUCCUGGGCAGCCUUCGUGCCCGCCUCAUGCUCCUGCAUCCCAGCCCCAACUGCAGCAUUCGGGCAGAGAACCUGGUCCAUGUACACUUCAAGGAAGAAAUUGGUGUUGCGGAGCUCAUCCCCUUGGUGACCACCUACAUCAUCCUGUUUGCCUACAUCUACUUCUCCACACGCAAGAUCGACAUGGUCAAGUCCAAGUGGGGACUGGCCCUGGCUGCUGUGGUCACAGUGCUCAGCUCACUACUCAUGUCUGUGGGACUCUGUACUCUCUUUGGCCUUACACCUACACUCAAUGGCGGCGAAAUUUUCCCAUACCUGGUGGUGGUUAUUGGGUUAGAGAAUGUGCUGGUGCUCACCAAGUCAGUGGUCUCAACCCCAGUGGACCUUGAGGUGAAGCUGCGAAUUGCCCAAGGCCUAAGCAGUGAGAGCUGGUCCAUCAUGAAGAACAUGGCGACUGAGCUGGGCAUCAUACUUAUUGGCUACUUCACCCUUGUGCCUGCCAUCCAGGAGUUCUGUCUCUUUGCCGUUGUGGGCCUGGUGUCUGACUUCUUCCUCCAGAUGCUGUUUUUCACCACUGUCCUGUCUAUUGACAUCCGCCGUAUGGAGCUAGCAGACUUGAACAAGCGGCUGCCCCCUGAGGCCUGCCUGCCCCCAGCCAAGCCUGUGGGGCGGUCAGUGCGCUAUGAGAGGCAGCUGGCUGUACGACCAUCCACACCCCAUACCAUCACGCUGCAACCAUCUUCUUUCCGAAACCUGCGGCUCCCCAAGAGGCUGCGUGUCAUCUACUUCCUGGCCCGCACCCGCCUGGCACAGCGCCUCAUCAUGGCUGGCACAGUUGUCUGGAUUGGCAUCCUGGUGUACACAGACCCAGCAGGACUGCGCACCUACCUUGCUGCCCAGGUGACGGAACAGAGCCCACUGGGUGAGGGCGCCCUGGCUCCUAUGCCUGUGCCUAGUGGUGUGCUGCCCGCCAGCCACCCGGACCCUGCCUUCUCCAUCUUCCCACCUGAUGCCCCUAAGCUACCUGAGAACCAGACAUUGCCAGGCGAGCUCCCUGAGCAUGCAGGUCCAGCAGAGGGUGUCCAUGACAGCCCAGUCCCAGAGGUAACCUGGGGGCCUGAGGAUGAGGAACUUUGGAGGAAACUGUCCUUCCGCCACUGGCCCACACUCUUCAGCUACUAUAACAUCACACUGGCCAAGAGGUAUAUCAGCCUGCUACCGGUCAUUCCCGUCACGCUGCGCCUGAACCCCCGGGAGGCCCUGGAGGGACGGCAUCCUCAGGAUGGCCGCAGUGCCUGGGCCCCGCCUGGACCUGUGUCGGCUGGGCUCUGGGAGGCCGGGCCUAAGGGACCAGGCGGGGCCCAGGCCCACGGAGAUGUAACACUGUACAAGGUUGCAGCGCUCGGCCUGGCAGCGGGCAUCAUCCUUGUGCUGCUGUUGCUCUGCCUCUACCGCGUGCUCUGCCCACGCAACUAUGGGCAGCUAGGUGGCGGGCCCGGCCGGCGAAGGCGUGGGGAGUUGCCUUGCGAUGACUAUGGCUACGCGCCGCCAGAGACGGAGAUCGUACCGCUGGUGCUGCGCGGGCACCUCAUGGACAUCGAGUGUCUAGCCAGUGACGGCAUGCUCUUGGUGAGCUGCUGCCUGGCUGGCCACAUCUGCGUGUGGGAUGCACAGACCGGGGACUGCCUCACGCGCAUCCCGCGCCCAGGGCAGCGCCGCGACAGCGCAGGCAGCGCUUUGGAGGCCCAGGAGAACUGGGAAAGAUUGUCGGACGGCGGAAAGGCUAGCCAAGAGGAGCCUGGGGACAGCCCUCCGUUGCGACACCGGCCUCGGGGCCCUCCGCCGUCUUCCCUUUUCGGGGACCAGCCAGACCUCACCUGCUUAAUCAACACCAACUUCUCAGCGCAGCCAAGGCCCCCAGAGCCUGCUCAGCCUGAGCCCCGGCACCGAGUGGGCUGCGGCCGUGCUCGGGACCCCCCAGGCUAUGACUUUAGCCGGCUGGUGCAGCGUGUGUACCAGGAGGAGGGGCUGGCGGCCGUGCGCAUGCCCGCCCUACGCCCGCCCUCCCCUGGGCCUGUGCUGCCCCAGGCCACCGAGGAUGAGGGGUCUUCUCCAGAGAAGGGCUUCCUUCCCCUUUCCUGGGCCCCCAGCGCCUAUGGCUCCAUCUGGAGCUUGGAGCUGCAGGGCAGCCUCAUUGUCGUCGGUCGGAGCAGCGGCCGGUUGGAGGUGUGGGACGCCAUCGAGGGUGUGCUCUGCUGCAGCAGCGAGGAGGUCUCCUCCGGCAUCACAGCCCUCAUCUUUCUGGACAAGAGGAUUGUGGCAGCUCGGCUCAAUGGUUCCCUUGAUUUCUUCUCCUUAGAGACCCACACUGCCCUCAGCCCUCUGCAGUUCCGAGGGACCUCAGGGCGGGGCGGUUCUCCCUCAUCUCCUGUGUACAGCAGCAGCGAUGCAGUGGUCUGUCACCUGACCCACACAGUGCCCUGUGCACACCAGAAACCCAUCACAGCCCUAAGAGCUGCUGCUGGGCGCCUGGUGACUGGUAGCCAAGACCAUACCUUGAGAGUGUUCCGUCUGGAGGAUUCGUGCUGCCUCUUCACCCUGCAGGGCCACUCAGGGGCCAUCACGACUGUGUACAUAGACCAGACCAUGGUGCUGGCCAGUGGAGGACAAGAUGGGGCCAUCUGCUUGUGGGAUGUGCUGACUGGCAGCCGGGUGAGCCACGUGUUCGCUCACCGUGGGGAUGUCACCUCCCUUACCUGUACCACCUCCUGUGUCAUCAGCAGUGGCCUGGAUGACCUCAUCAGCAUCUGGGACCGCAGCACGGGCAUCAAGCUCUACUCCAUUCAGCAGGACCUGGGCUGUGGUGCAAGCUUGGGAGUCAUCUCAGACAACCUGCUGGUGACUGGUGGCCAGGGCUGCGUCUCCUUUUGGGACCUAAACUACGGGGACCUGUUACAGACAGUGUACCUGGGGAAGAACAGUGAGGCCCAGCCUGCCCGCCAGAUCCUGGUGCUGGACAAUGCUGCCAUUGUGUGCAACUUUGGCAGUGAGCUCAGUCUGGUGUAUGUGCCCUCUGUGUUGGAGAAGUUGGACUGAGGGUGGGUAGUAGCUGAGACCUCU